CUUUAAUUUCUUUAGGUUGGUGGUAUGUCAGUGGUGCAGGUUUUUGCAGAGGCCACAGACCUUCCUGCGAUCCCGUUCAUCUUUGCCAAGUUUGAUGGAGUGUUAGGGAUGGGAUAUCCAGAUGUAGCCAUUGAUGGAAUUACACCCGUGUUUGAUCUGCUUUAUCAACACAGAAAUUAAUUAUCCAAGCACCUGCAAUAUCUGCAAAAGAAGCAACUUAGAAAAAGUAAAGGGUCAGAGUAAAACUGAAGAAAAUGCCCUCCAUACGAGAAACCCUGAAGGAAAUGGGUGUCACAGCAGCUCAAGUGCUUUCUGAGAUUAUGCCAAAAUAUGACGAACCUUCACCCACAAACAGCACAGCUUCUGUCCCUCUGAUCAACUACUUAGAUACUCAAUACUUUGGUGAGAUUAGUAUUGGUUCACCAGCUCAGAUUUUCAAUGUUGUGUUUGACACGGGUUCUGCCAACCUCUGGGUUCCUUCACACAGCUGUUCUCCUUUAUUCUGCAAUUGCACAUACUACGUGAUUGAGCUGUUUGACCUUUGAACUUUAAUUUCUUUAGGUUGGUGGUAUGUCAGUGGUGCAGGUUUUUGCAGAGGCCACAGACCUUCCUGCGAUCCCGUUCAUCUUUGCCAAGUUUGAUGGAGUGUUAGGGAUGGGAUAUCCAGAUGUAGCCAUUGAUGGAAUUACACCCGUGUUUGAUCUGCUUUAUCAACACAGAAAUUAAUUAUCCAAGCACCUGCAAUAUCUGCAAAAGAAGCAACUUAGAAAAAGUAAAGGGUCAGAGUAAAACUGAAGAAAAUGCCCUCCAUACGAGAAACCCUGAAGGAAAUGGGUGUCACAGCAGCUCAAGUGCUUUCUGAGAUUAUGCCAAAAUAUGACGAACCUUCACCCACAAACAGCACAGCUUCUGUCCCUCUGAUCAACUACUUAGAUACUCAAUACUUUGGUGAGAUUAGUAUUGGUUCACCAGCUCAGAUUUUCAAUGUUGUGUUUGACACGGGUUCUGCCAACCUCUGGGUUCCUUCACACAGCUGUUCUCCUUUAUUCACAGCCUGCUUCACACACAACAGGUAUGAUGCUUCCAGAUCCAAAACGCAUAUUUACAACGGCACAGGAUUCUCCAUCCAGUACGCUUCCGGAAAUGUCCGGGGAUUUCUGAGCAAGGACGUGGUUGUAGUUGGUGGUAUGUCAGUGGUGCAGGUUUUUGCAGAGGCCACAGACCUUCCUGCGAUCCCGUUCAUCUUUGCCAAGUUUGAUGGAGUGUUAGGGAUGGGAUAUCCAGAUGUAGCCAUUGAUGGAAUUACACCCGUGUUUGAUCAAAUCAUGUCUCAACAUGUUCUGAAACAGAAAGUCUUCUCAGUGUACUACAGGAGGGACACAACACAUGUCCCUGGUGGAGUGUUGGUGCUGGGGGGCACAGACCCAAACUACUACACUGGAUCCUUUCACUACAUGAACACCAAAGAGGAAGGCAAGUGGGAGGUCAUCAUGAAGGGCGUGUCUGUAGGUGCAGAUAUGUUGUUUUGCAUGGGCGGCUGUACUGCUGUGAUUGAUACAGGCUCCUCCUACAUCACAGGCCCCGCCUCCUCUAUUUCCAUUCUAAUGAAAACAAUUGGUGCUGUUGAGCAUGCAGAGGGAGGGUACACUGUCAACUGUAAUUUGGUCAAGUUGUUGCCAACUGUGACUUUUCAUCUGGGUGGUCAGGAAUAUUCUCUCACGGAAGAGGACUAUAUUCUCUGGCAGUCAGAGUUCGGGGAGGACAUCUGCACUGUGAUGUUCAACGCUCUGGAUGUGCCGCCCCCUACUGGUCCCAUCUGGAUCCUGGGGGCGAACUUUAUAGCUCGAUACUAUACAGAAUUUGAUCGGGGAAAUAAUCGCAUUGGCUUUGCUCGGGCAGUUUGAAAAACACGUAUUUUUCUGCUAUUAUAAAUUCAGAUUGCUAUUACAUUGAUACGUGCAUAACAACAGGACACACAGGACACUUUAUCUAUCACAAUAAUAGCUGGUAACUUAAGUUAUAGCUUUCUUUGUGAACAAAAGGUUUAAGCAUCAUUUAAAAAAGUACUUACUAUUGAAUUAAUUUAACAGAAUAUGC